UUUCUCUUCCCUUCUAUUUUCUCUUUUCUUUUAUAAAUAUAUACAUCUAUAAACAAUCAUGUCAGAAGAUAAUUUAAAUGACUUGGCUUUGAAGUAUCAAUCAUUACGUAAUGGUUCUAGUAAAGGAGCUGAUAAUGAUGAAAAAUAUAAAAUUAUGAAGACUUUAGGUGACCAACUUGGCUUACCCGGUACAUCCGCAGCAGAUAUUUUAUCAAAACUUGGUAAGCCUGAUGAAUUAACACCAUCACUUGAGCAUUCUACAGAAGCUGUCCUACAAACUAUGCCGGGUCCGACUAUUCCAACAGCUUCAUCAGCAACUACAAAUCAACAACCAUUUUAUUUUGUAUAUUAUCUUGAGCCCAAGAAAGACUAUCUUUAUUUUAAGAUUGACCCUAUUAAAGAGACUGUCAUUACUUCUGAUUGGCGCAAAUCUUAAGAAGAACUACUAUAUGAUAUGGGCACAUUCAUUUUUGUACGAAAUAAAUGCUAUAAAUUACAUGAAAAUAAAUCUAUU